CUGCUGUCUAUCUCUCUGCGUAUUCGUGCCGGUUCUAUUUUGUUUUGGUCCAGGAACGGAUUUAUAUUUGAACUUUUUUAUGUCUUUGGGGUUGUAUCAAUGACAAUUACAUAUAUGAUGUUUUAAUAAACUGUUUGAAUUGAGACCGAAAUAAUGCGCGACUUUUCGAAUUUGUAAAUGUCAUAGUUUAGAAAUGUUUUGUGGCUUUAAUACCUUUCAACCAACGUUGAAAAAAAUAAAUGUUAAUACUCUACGGCUGUUUGAAAAUUUUCCUGGAAUUAGUAACAGCUUCAAGCCCAAUGUAUUUGAGGAUGAUAAUUAUUCACAAUGGGUUGACAAAGGACUCUUUCAACCUAGGAAGAAUGGCCAGAUUUAUUCUAUACUACUUCCUCCUCCCAAUGUUACAGGCACUCUUCAUAUUGGCCAUGCCUUAACUAUUUCUGUGCAAGACACAAUGGCUAGAUGGAAUCGAAUGUGUCAGAAUGAAGUUGUUUGGACUCCUGGUGUUGAUCAUGCUGGUAUAGCAACUCAGGUUAUUGUUGAAAAAUUUCUUAUGAAGCAGGGGAUUUCGAGGUUUGACAUUGGCAGAACUAAGUUUGUGGAAGAAGUUUGGAAGUGGAAAAGUGAUAAGUCUAAAGUUAUCAAUCUACAAAUCAAGAAACUUGGAGCUUCUGUCGAUUGGGAACGAGAAUUUUUUACUCUAGAUAAGAAACAUAGGGAUGCAGUAAAUUUUGCUCUUAUCCAGUUGUUUAAAAAAGAAUUAAUUUAUAGAGAAGAAUCUCUGAUUAAUUGGUCACCUCACCUAAGAUCUGUAGUAUCUGAUAUUGAAGUUGAUUAUAUUGACAUCGAUGGACCAACUGCUUUAUCUCUGCCUGGUUAUUCAAAACCUAUUACAUUUGGAAAUUUGAUUGAUUUUAGUUACAGAAUUGUUGGAUCAGCAGACAAAGAAAUAGUUGUAUCUACAACAAGAAUUGAGACAAUGUUUGGAGAUGUGGCUAUUGCUGUUAACCCUAAUGAUAAUAGAUACAAACCUUACUGGGGGUGCAAAUUUCAUCAUCCAUUUAAUGGAACAGAAAUUCCCCUAGUUUUAGAUCACAGGGUUGAUCCUACAUUUGGUACUGGUGCUGUUAAAAUUACUCCGGCUCAUGACCCAACUGAUUUCCAAAUUAGUAAAAGCCAUAGUUUACCAAAGCGAUCUGUCAUAAAUGAAGAAGGUGUACUUGAAAAUUGUGGUGGGUUUUCUGGCAUGUUGCGAUUUGAUGCACGUGAAUCCAUUUGUUCUGAACUGGCAAAUCUUGGUUUACUGAAGCACAUUCGACCUCAUAAAAUGAAGAUUCCUAUUUGUAGUCGAAGUGGUGAUGUUCUUGAAUAUUUGAUAAAACCACAAUGGUUUAUUAAGUGUAAAGAAAUGGCAAAAAAGGCUAUAGUUGCUGUGGAAGAAAGAAAAUUGAUAAUAAAACCUGAAAAUUACCAAGAGAACUGGUUUAAUUGGCUAAAAAAUAUACAGGAUUGGUGUAUUUCAAGACAACUUUGGUGGGGCCAUCAACUGCCUUUUUAUUACUGUGAAGGAAGCAAUGAUAAUGUAUGGAUAGCUGCUGAAAAUGAAGAAGAAGCUUUAAAAAAAUCGAAAUAUUAUGUAUCAGGACCUGUAAUUGCCCAUAGAGAUCCUGAUGUUUUAGACACAUGGUUUUCUUCUGGAAUAUUACCUUUUGCAUGCUUUGGAUGGCCUGAUAAGACUGAACAAUAUAAAAAAUAUUAUCCUCUUAACACUUUAAUAACAGGAAAUGAUAUACUAUUUUUUUGGGUAGCCAGAAUGGUUAUGCUGGGAUUAGAAUUGACAAAUCAAUUGCCAUUUAAGGAGGUGUUUCUUCAUGGAAUUAUAUGUGAUUCACAAGGAAGAAAGAUGUCGAAAAGUUUGGGAAAUGUAAUAGCUCCAGAAGAUGUUAUAAAUGGGAAAAGUCUUAAGGAACUUCAUUGUACGAUUGAAAAUAGUUUGCUAAGUAGUGAAGAAAAACAAAAGGCUUAUACAUCCUUAAGAAAUCUUUAUCCAGAAGGAAUAUCUGAAUGUGGUGUUGAUGCUUUACGGUUUACUUUACUUUCUAAUAAUAUUAAAAGCCAGUACAUUAACUUCGACCUAAAGCAGUGUAUUAGAAAUAAACAUUUUUGCAAUAAAAUAUGGCAAGCAUGUUAUUUUGCUAAUUUGUGGCUAAAAAAAAUGAACUUAACUUCUGAAUUUCUCAUGCUUGAUUUAUGUGAGAAUCAUCAACCUUGUACAUUGAUGGAAAAAUGGAUCUUGGCUAAGCUAAAUUACUCAAUUUAUGUAGUGAAUGAAGGAAUUAAAAAUGGUGAUUUUCAUCUAUCUACAUCUUCACUAAGAAAUUUUAUUCACUUAGAAUUAUGUGAUAUUUAUAUUGAAUACAUUAAACCAACACUCCAAAAAGGUUCAAGUGCUGAAUCUAGAAGUGCCUUGCAGACUCUUGUUUACACUUUGGUUACCAGCUUGAAGUGUAUGUCACCAUUUAUGCCAUUUUUGACUGAACAUCUUUACCAAAGUUUGCCAAUUAAAAAAAAUGGUUUUAUUAUGGAAACUUCAUACCCUUCAUAUAAUGAAAAUUUUCAGAAAACACAUAAGGAAUUGCUUGAAAGGGUUUCAUCCAUUUUAAUGGUUAUAAAUGAAAUUCGAAGAAUCAAACACAGAAUAGGAAUAAAUCAUCAACAAGUCUCUGUUUGCAUUGUUGAACAUUCCAUUGAACUUCAAAAUUUCAAAGAUGUAAUAGAAACAUUAGCUAAAUGCAAAAUCAAUUUUGGCACACCAAAUAUAGAAAUAAAUAGCUGGAUUGAAGAAAAUGUAUCAGGUUUUACAACAUACUUUCAACAGGAUGUUUAUAAAAGUAAAGUGAUGGACAGAGCUGCACUAUCCGAUAGAAGAAAUAAAUUACAAAUAAAACUAAAUAAACUUCUAGACAUUUCUAAAAAUGAAGGUUACCAAAAAAAUGCUCCUUUAAAAGUAAAAAAAUCACAUUGUGAUCAGAUUGAAUCAUUGAAAAAAGAAAUAGAAAAGUUGGAAGUAAACAACUAAACUGUCUGUAAUUAUUAGAAGGUUCUUUAAAGUAUAAAUCCCGAUAUGGAAAAAAUAUAUAUGAAUAGUAAAUGUUAUAACUGACUGAAAAAUGAUUUUAGAUUUAUUCAUAUCCAAGUCUCUGUAUUUAUUUUUGUUAAUAAUUAUAUGUUUUAUUGUAAUAUAUGUAAAAAAAAUUACUAGAAUUUUAGUAGUCUUAUUGUGUCUGUAUUUUAGCUGUUGACAUUACAACUGUCCAAAAAAGUAAUGUUCUAACUUUUUUGGUCAGGUAUUGAGUUGGUGAAAAUUUGGUUCCUAAAGUAUCGCCAUAUACAAUCUGAAAAUUAUAUCCUCUGAGAGAUUUUUUGCUAAUUUAGAAAAUUAUUACAUUCACAUACUCAUAUAUGAAACACAUAUUAGAUGAAAGUAUUGUGUUCAUUAGAAAUUUCAAAUGGAGAUAUACAGUGAAAAAAUGAAUAGGGAUAUUGUUCGUUAUGUAUGAUUUAUUUUCCCUAG